AUGAAUCAGCUUAAUGGCGCCUUCAGCAAACUCCUGACGUCACCUUUUUAUGUCAACUUGAAAAUACCUCUGACGACCUAUGAAAAAAACUGGAUCAGGGUCAGGACUAAAGUGCUGAGUUUCAUUUUUAAUUUAUUUAGAAUGGAAAAUGGAUUGAAAUCCUAGGACUUGAUAGACUGAUUGCGGCUCCGAAAAUUUGUAAUAAAAAAACGUCAGUACCCUGAUUAAUCAGAAAUAAACUUAUUUUCCAGUUACAAUAGCACAUUCAAUGAUGAAGUUACAGACAGCUUCUUGGUGUUUUGCAUGUAUUGUUUCGAACGGAUCUGAAAAUUUUCUUACUCGAUGAACUUUGGAAAUCUACAUUUUUACAAGUAUAUUAUUAUUUUCCGCAGAAAUGGGUGCGAAAAUCGAUUUGAUAAUCAGAUUGCAACUUCACGAGCUUCCCACAGAGUUUAAAUCAAUCUUUUCUGGAAUUUUCGAAAAACUACGGUCCCCGAAGUGAUUUGGGUGGUCCUAAGCUAUGUAGGACAGUCAGCACCAAGUUCUCCUUCUCUGGGUUGCGGUUCAUUGCGCAACGAACAUUUUCGAAACUCCUGUGGACAGUACCGGCGACUGUGCCGGAUCGGUGCCGGCCGAGUUUCCCGACGACUUUGAGGAUGACAUUGGUCGGUUGGGAAGUGUUUCGAAACGGCCCUUUUGUCCACUUUCGCCCAAUUGUCAUGCGCGACGUUUAUUUGCUUAAAUAGCCGUCACAUGCGCCUUUUUUUCUUCUUGUCCAGCUGGCGUUUUUCAGGGAAAAAAAAAGCUGAAAUUGCUUUUUUCUGCUUUUGGAGUAUAGUCCUUUUUUUUUUUACCUUUUUGCCCUUUUCAAGAACCGAUUUUUGCGGAAAAACGCCAGAAUUAUCGCGGGUUCUUGUCCCGCUGACCAGUCCUCUGAAACCGCUGUCUACUGUCGAAUUUCGUUUUUCUUUUCUGGAGAGGUGGAACACUUUGCUUUCUCUUCGUUAAGUUUAAGCUUAGUUCGAUAUAAAUCAAGUGAUUCUCCAACAAGGCUAGUUAAGAUGAGAAAAAAUCUUCAGAUUUCUUUUUGAUUCUCUAUUUUUCUCAAACCUUAAGACUGUUUGUGUGCACUAUUUUGAAUGACAUUUUUUUUUCAAUGGCUAUUUUUGAUAUGCUCUGUUUCUCUUAAAGUGUUGCAGAAAUCCUGUAAAAUUUUUUUGCGAAAGUAGCCUCUAAAUUUGUUUCUAAUGGUUUUCCAUUUUUCCAUUUGCAAUCUAGGGUUAUCCGUUUCUUAUUAUUUCUCUCAAGAACUUUUUUGACUACUCUGGAAUAGCUUGAUGAUCUGGAAUUUGGAGGCUCCUAGAUUUAGCCUAACCUAAAAAGAAAUGCUCUAGCGGUUUUGUACAAAGUUUUAAUAAACUGACUUUUUUUUUUGGAAUAAGCUCCAUCUAGAAACGUACUCCAACUUUCCCGUUGACAAUAGUUUUCCCCUGAAAAAACCGAAAACCAAAAGAGAGAAAAAAUUUGGAUUAUGACGAUUUUGACAUCCAUUUCCAAUAGUUUGCUCAUGUGUAACCAAAGACCGUGAAGCACAGCUCGAAAUCUGAAGUUCGAUGCUUUCUGAGCUAAUUAUUUGAUUUUGACUUUCUUUCAUCAAGUAGAAGCCAUUUUAGGUUUUGUCCUUUUAGAGAAACAACAGACCUUAUGUUUCUUAUCGAACUUUUGCUAUCAUAUUUUACCCGGGGCUGAUCUGGAUCCGAAAAAUUUCCCUGGAAACUAAACGGUUCUGAGAGUAUUCUCUAAUAGAGUCUUUUUAAAGUGUAAGGAAGCCGAGGCCACAGUACUAGUCAGUUUAGUUUUUCUCCACUUAGUUUCCUCGUGGCUGACAUAAAACUUUCUUUGAGAAUCGGCUCAGGUAGUACUUAGGAAAUCUGAAAAAAGAACGUUUUCUGAUGGCCUAUUUACCAUAAAAACACUUGGAAUUCCAACGAUUUCCCAUGUUCUACCCGAGCCGAUUCUCGAAGUUUCGUCGGAUGUCGACGGCGUCUUGGUGCUGUAGGAGCGCGUGUCCGGCGGUGCGCGGCGACCUUAGAGAUCGCUGGUGCCUACCGCCUCGCACGAAUAUCUAG